AUGGCACAUCUCUGUUGCUUAUGUCUGAAGGAAUUUUCUAAUCGAGAAUACCUUGAGUUUCAUUGGCUGCUUCAUUUAAAAGAAAAGGUUCCAUUUCAUAAGGGGAGCAGUCUUAAAAGUCUAUUGCAAGUUCAAUCCCAUAAAAACUCAUCUGGCAUUUCCCCUAAUUCUCUAACUUCAAACACACUUCUUCACGCCAAGGACGAUAAUUGCAAAGAAAAACUUCAUGUAUGCCAUUUAUGUCAAAAAAGAUUCACAGUAAAAGGAAACUUAGAUCGACAUCUUCUUAUUCAUGCACAUAAUAAACCCUAUAAAUGCAAUUCAUGUGGUAGAGAAUUCACGCAAAAGACACAUCUUGAAAAACAUCUGUUUAUACAUGGCAAUGUAAAACCCCACACUUGUGAGGUUUGCGGGAAAGGAUUUUCUGUUAAAGGCAAUCUAGAAAGGCAUUUCCUAAUUCAUACCAAUAAUAAACCUUUUGUUUGCAAAUUAUGUUUUAAAGCUUUUUCUCAAAAGAGUCAUUUACAUAAUCAUCAGGCAAUACACUCACCAAUAAAAUCUCAUCUGUGUACUAUUUGUGGGAAAGGAUUUUCUGCUAAAGGCAAUCUUGAUCGCCAUUAUCUUAUACAUACAAAUGUGAAACCUCAUAUGUGUGAAAUAUGUGAUAAAAAGUUUACUCAAAAGAGUCAUCUUCAAAAACAUCAAGUCACUUGUUCUGAGAAAAAAAGAAAUUUUUUAAUGUAA